AUGCCGCGUCCGGGCCAGAAGCGUAACCGCACACUGGCCGCGCUCGCCGUACAGGACGCGACUAAUCAGGGGGUGCCUCAAGAUGAGGCGGGAAUGGAGGUCGAUAUCGAGGUCGAUCUCGAUGAUGAGGACGACGAUGCCGACGCGAUUAAGCCCGGGACGAAGACGGGCCAGGCCCUACCCGUCGCUGUAAUCCCGGACGACUUUGCAGGCGAACCCGAGGAUGGCGCGACGUACCUCGCGCUGGUUAACCGUGCGAACAACUCUCUGCCGUUCUAUAAACGUGUCGAUGUGCCCGAACAUCUACGCCCCACCACCCCCGCACCUGCGCCCCCAAUAUCCACAACGGGAAGGCAUCCCGCUCUACCCCGCCAAUCGUGGCAGGUGCUCUUUGGCACCCACUUGGCCGCCUACCGCGACCACCUCGCUGCCUCGUGGCCAGAGACCCUCCCCUAUCCGGCCGAUUACCCGCCACUACCUAGCGCAGGGGACAUGGUCGGAUGGCUGGGAUACAUCAAUGGUGCAGGAGUGGAGAUGGAUGAGGAGGAGGCGAUGAACGCCGAGCCGGUUCUCACUCCCCGUGAGCCAAGGAUUAGCGUCCUGCAGCGUUUGGACUCAAACACCGUCGUCCGAGUGCUCAAGCAUCUGAACCGGGCAACCAAGACUGCGCUCCAGCAAUUAGAAGAAGACGGGACCGAGGGCGAUCCUUUCCCUCCGGCUCACGCGCGCUGGGCAUUCGCCCUGCUCGCCAUACUCGACCGCCAGUUGGGUGGUGACGACACUGCUGUCCUCCGUGACUUUGCGCGGACGCUCGCCUCGGUUGCGGCUUGGCGUUGGGGCGAGGCGGCCAAGAGAGGCGAGCUCGAGCCCGUGCCCGUCAAAGUCGGGUUCUACGGACAGGGAGGCGAGGAGGGUGCGCCGGUGCUCGGCGAGCUGAAUGGACCGGGGCGUGUGGGGUACGCCGUUGGCGCGCGGUGGAAAGCCGUGCGGGACGCGCGGGCGCGCAGUGAAGCGACGCCGCGUCCUGAAACAACGGAGGCGGGACACAUGGACGGGCUCGACGAGUGCCUCGCCCGCUGCUGGAUGUGCGCGCAUGCCGUCGCGGCGGGGUGGGCGCAAUGGGACCUGCUCGAUGACUUUGAGGACGCGUUCCGCGGCGUGCCGCGUGAGUAG